GGGAAGCUCCCUAGGGCUUUUGAGCGUCCUUGGAGAGGUGCGUUGCGGCGAUCGCAAGCGCUGCUAGCGGAUUUCUUCCAAUGAGCGAGAGCUCUGGCGGCAUUUUGCUGGAUCGGUGAGAAAUUAUGCGCGCCUUAGGCCGGAUUGGAGGCGCACACCCGGAUGAGAGUAGCAAUGGCUCGGAAUCUCUGGGGAGUGGCAAGAACGCUCGCGCGCGAGCUCAGGAGAGACAGGCAUCGCAUCGUUUGAAGCCGGAGAGAUGGAAAUCGGCGUUCGACAAGGAUGGAAAGGUCGUUGGCUUCUCCAAAGUUUUGAAGCUCAUUAGAUUGGGGGGAGUGGAUAAUUCGAUCAGAUGCGAAGUCUGGGAGUUUUUGCUGGGAUCUUAUGGUGUGGGAACGACAUGGGAUCACCGUAUGGAGACUCGUAUCGCACGCAGGAAACGAUACAAGGAGUUGAUCGAGAAAUGCCGGACGAUGCAUGUCAGUAUCGGGACAGGAACUCUUGCCUACAAUGUUGGAUCCAAGAUCAUGGAUGCUCGGACAUCAAGGCAAGGUGCUCCUGAGCAGAUCACUGUAGACUCUACGCAUUACGAGACAAAAGGAAACAGCGCCAGUGCCGUGGACGAAUCUCUUGACUCUUUCAGCUUCACUGCUUUGCAAAGUCCAAGCCUGGAGAAAGAUGCUUCGCUCAGUUCAGGAACUGGUAUGGAGUCUUACGAGAUGAACGCCGGGUCAAAAGCUGGAGGCCUGCCUCUCAAGACACUGCUGCUCCACGCUGACAACGAACCUUCUAACUCGGAUCACUCUCCCGGUCGUAUCGGUCCCAACAGUCCAAACGUUUUGCAUUUCAAGUUUUUCCAUCAGAGUCCGAUAGAGGUUGGGAGAAGCUCCACAAGGAUUUGGACCAACAGGGACAGACAUGAAAACUUCAGCAGGGUGAAGAGAGCUCUGGAUACAGGAAGGAACAUCUCUGGUGGGCCUGCUGGGAUGCUAUCACCAAAUUCAGUUCCAUUUCAAGGGGCUGCUGCCACCGAAGAGCGCACCGCGGAGUGGCUGUGGACGUUGCAUAAAAUAGUGAUCGACGUCGUGAGAACUGAUCGCCACUUGGAGUUCUACGAUGACUCGAGAAACAUGGCGCGCAUGUCUGAUAUCCUGGCCAUCUACGCGUGGAUUGAUCCUGAAACUGGCUACUGCCAAGGAAUGAGCGACUUGCUCUCACCUUUUGUGAUUCUCUUCGAGGAUGAUGCAGACGCGUUUUGGUGCUUUGAGAGCCUCCUGAGGAGAAUGCGACAAAACUUCCAAAUGGAGGGGCCAACGGGUGUGAUGCGGCAACUAGAAGCCCUGCCCAAAAUCUUAGAGCUGAUCGACGCACGCGUCUUCCGGCAUUUGACUCUUAUCGGGGCAGACAAUUUUCUAUUUGCCUUCCGUAUGCUGCUGCUUCAUUUUCGACGUGAGCUUUCUUUCGAAGAAACGCUUUGCAUGUGGGAGAUGAUGUGGGCUGCUGAUUUCGACCAUGCCAUGCUAUGGUCGUUUGAGAGCGAGCCUCUAGAACCUCUCCAAAUCAAGCCACCGUCAAGAUCACUGCUGGAAAGGAUCCAGGAAGACGACUGCAUGGACUACUACUGGACGAAAAUCUCGCCGUUCACAAGUCCCCUGCCAGCCUCGGAGGAUCCACUCUCGCAGAGCAGCAAGAUCACCUACGAAUCCAAGAGUCCGCUCUGCGGGCUCGUAACUUCGUGGCCAAACUUUGGCCGUCACAGGAUACGCUCCGGGAUGAGCUUUGGGAGGAACGGGGACAGUGAGAUCUCCGUGUUUGUGGUCGCUGCCAUCGUUGUUAUCAACCGCGAGAAGUUCCUCAAGGAAGCACGCUCCAUGGAUGACGUGAUCAAGAUGUUUAACGAGAUCCAGCUCAAGAUCCAAGUGCGCUCGUGUGUUCGAGCAGCGAUGAAAAUGCGAACCAAGUACCACCAACAGCUUUCCAAGCGAGGAACAGGAAAGGCAAAAAGAGCCUCUUAUAAAAUGUAACAAAGAAAACUAGAGUGUUUUGUUGGACAGAGAAUUUGUUAGGGCUUUAAGAAAGAAUGAGACGAGUGAAUCUCUUGCGCGGCGCGCUUGGCCGAUCGCCAUGCCGCUGCCGAUCGAUGUCCUCCACCGCCGCCCGGGCUCCCGGCGAGAGAGUGGAGCAAAUCGCGUGGAUUGGAGGCGGAGUUCUCAUCUAUGGCGCUACCGCAGCGCUGGCUUUCAGCAUUCUCGACGAUGUUCUCAUCUACAAGAAAUGCAGCAGCAAGGCAAUGGAAGUAGCGGCGGAAGAUCCACGGAUGAAGAGCUUCCUUGGCGAGGGAUUCAAGCAAGGCUCGUGGUAUGAGGCCUCGCUUGGCUCCGCCCUUCAAAAAAAGGCCGUGUCGUGCACAUUUCCAGUCUAUGGCGAUCAUGGAUCGCUUGGCAGCGUCAAGUUGAGAGCUGUUCGUGAAGGGAACAGCAUCAGUUCUUUGGCUUACAACAUCAUUGGGCCCGCGCAGUGGGAUUUGCUCAUCCUGGAAGCCACGCUCCACUCCGCCGACAAAAAGACAACCGAUAGAAUCAACCUCAUGGAGCCCUCUUGGGACAGUAGAGAUGGCCGCAAAGCAGCCAUCGCCAACGGGCACCAGGAUUAUGUCAACAAGCUCCUGGCCAAGAACUAGAAAAGCCGAUUGAUACCACGAUAAAAGCAAAGUUUCUAGCAA